GAGACGUGGUGGUGCUGUCGACGCAGAGGACGGCCCCCGCCGCCUCCGCCGCCUCCGCCAAGGGCGCCACGGACUCCCCCAUGCUCAACUACAUCUACGACGCGCGGUCGUCGGCGCACAAGCACAUGCACCACAACCAGCGCUUCGGCCCCACGUUCGAGACGAACGCCACCAGCAUGACGGUGCAGGUGGGCAACACCGCCACCAUCGACUGCAAGAUCAGCCUGCUGCAGGACAACGCGGUGUCCUGGGUGCUGCGCAAGCCGAGCGAGGACUCGCUGCGCCUCCUCACCGUCGGCCAGAUGACGUACUCCGGGGACGCGCGGCACGCCGUCGAGUUCCUCUACCCCAACAACUGGCGCCUCACGGUGCAGAACAUGACGAAGCAGGACGAGGGCAUGUACGAGUGCCAGAUCUCCACGCACCCGCCCAAGCUCAUCCGGACACGCAUCCUGGUUAAUGUGCCCGAGGUGCUGAUCGUGGACGAGAAGGGUCGGCCCAUCCAGGACAAGCACUACGAGGCCAAGUCCACCAUCCGACUGUCCUGCAUCGUGCGGCACGUGUACAUGACGGGCAACGUGGUGUCCUGGAUCCACCAGGGCGUGCUCCUCAACCAGGACUCGCAGCGCGGCGGCAUCAGCGUCAAGUCGGAGCUGCGCGAGGACGGCGCCGAGUCGGUGCUGAACGUGGCGCGGGUGGACAAGGCGGACGCCGGCAACUACACGUGCUCCAUCUCGCCCACCCACCGCACCACCGUGCUGGUGCACAUCCUGGACGGGGAGAGCAUGUCGGAGCUGCACGGCGCCGCCCCGCCAGCGCGGCAGCCCCAUCUGUUCCUGGUGCUGGCGCUGCUCGCCCUGAGCGCCGCGCUGCAGCCGUACUUCUCCGUGCUGCGUUGAGGGUCCGCCGUCUCCGGCGGCGCCAGCGCGCCAGCGCGCCUGCCUUCCGACGACUGCCCUCGCCUCGUCAACAGACUGCCGACGGAAAAUUUACUUGAAGCCUCGCGCUCCUUUGGCCAGCAGCGGCGAGAUGUGUGUGUUUUCACUGUAUCGGGAAUUUGAUACCCCGUGGAUGAGUUGUCUGUGAGUGACUAAAUAAUUGUCGGCCUCCAACUGAGCUUGGACCCUGCCCUUGACAGGACAAAAAAAGAGUUCACCUGUUGGAAUAUUUGUGUUAUAUCCCUAACGUUGCCUGUUUCGGAACUGUUAUAUUUUGGGAAGAAAAGUUACGUACCUUGAUUUCCAAAAUCGGGUGGCUGUCAGAGAAAUCGAUUUUGUUUUCAAAUCGUGGCGUCGACCAUUUUCCCACCCCACUCGAAAUUGAAAAAAAGGCCGCCAUACUAUAGUGUAGGUUUGAGGGUCCAUAAAUUGGAAGUUUAUAAUUAGGUGAGGUCUGGCUUCUGGACCGAUUUGCUUCUCGGUUUUAUUGUAACUCGAGCUGAGUGGAGAGGUUUUGUUUCAUAUUGUAGUGUGGUUGGCAAACAUGAAAGACAUGUCCAAAAAAGCACUAUAAUGCACCUAUCUCUGGCAAGGUGCGAUGGACCUAUGUGAUGCUGCAAACAUUAUGAGAAUAAAAUAUUUAAUUUACUUAGGAGGCCCCAAGGAUCUCUAUCCAGUCUCUUUGUGAUUCGCGUUAAAAUUAACUUACAAGAAUAAUUUAUGAAUGACGAUUUUGUUCUAACCAUAAAGUUGACAUUUUUAACAAAUGACAAAAAUUAAUAUUUAUACAUUAUGUACAUAGGUAUCCCGGGUGCAACCUUGUCGUUAAAUAAUACUGUUUAUUUUAUUUCAUUCGAGUGAAUUUGUACGCUAAGGGGAGGCCGGGCGGCUCGUUCAAUGUACGGAAAUGUUCACACGUUGAGUGAGUCAUCGGAAGCCUCUUUAUGAACAAGCCAGUCCUUCAAACCGUUGGUUGAAUCUCAUCUAUUCUGAACCUCUACCAGAGGAAACUUUGAGAUGUUUAAGGAAUUGGUUUUAUUUUUGUUUGGAUCAAUAGAACGCAAUGAAUAAUCGCACACGGGCGAGCAAAGCCCGUGGCAGGAUGAGUCAUUUUCAAAGUAAAAUAGAUUUUUAUUUCUACACAUAAUGUCAACAAAAGAAAUAAAUAAAUUUGUUUUAAAUAAA